AUGGCAUGGUGGCAACAUCACUCUGCCAAAAAGGAGCGUGAAGGUGGCUUUUGGUGUACAAAUGCGCGCCGUAAGCGCGAGCUGCGUGGGGAUCCCGAGCCCGAGUCGAGGUCUUACCAAUACCAGUCUAGCGGGAGCGCAAACCCUCUAUCAGAUCCAGCAGCCGCUGCGAAUAGCAGACCAGAGCCCGAGCCGUUGUGGAAGCUGAGAAGCGAAAAGGAGCAAGAGAGGAUCCAGCGUGAGCGUGAGGAUGCCUUUCGAGAGGAGUUGAUCAACGCACGUGAAACGAUGCUCUCCGCCACCGAGAGUGGCCUCCACUCCCUCCGUGACAGCAUCGACUCGUUGACAAGGAUGAUCCAUGAGCAACGACGAGAGCGUCCUUCGCGCGACGCUUCUCCCAAUCCUGAAAAGCGUGAUUGA